AACAUUUCCUGUCAGAGAUUGGAAUCUUUCUCAAGUAGGCUACAUUGGUUUCUUGGAGACAACAUGCAUCACAAUUCAACGUCAAGGUGUGUUUGAUUCGAGCUGGGUAAACUACACUUCCCAUGAUGCCUUUCGGCCGGGCCACCGUAAACACAGAAGGCGGAAACAAAAGAGCUCUCAUAAAUGCACAAACCGUAAACCGGCUGCCGGGCAAGGAAAUGAACUACAAUUACUGAUCGUGACACUCUACCCAAAUUGAAACGAAUAAAGUCACACGAAGUUUGUUGAAGUUCGGCUACACCAGUCAACAUGGCACUGAAGAGAAUAAAUAAGGAGCUGCAGGACCUGCAGAGAGACCCUCCAGCACAGUGUUCUGCUGGACCUGUGAGCGAUGACUUGUUUCAUUGGCAGGCCACAAUAAUGGGUCCGGGGGACAGUCCUUACCAAGGAGGUGUUUUCUUCCUCACCAUUCAUUUCCCCACCGACUACCCCUUCAAGCCACCAAAGGUAGCGUUUACAACAAAGAUUUAUCACCCAAAUAUCAACAGCAAUGGGAGUAUUUGUUUGGACAUUCUACGGUCGCAGUGGUCUCCUGCGCUAACUGUGUCAAAAGUGCUAUUGUCCAUAUGUUCUUUGCUGUGUGAUCCAAACCCGGAUGACCCUUUAGUUCCAGAUAUAGCACAGAUGUACAAGAAUGACAAAGACAAAUACAACAAACUAGCAAAAGAAUGGACCCAAAAGUAUGCCAUGUAACAAAAACAGUUGCAUUAUAAACAUGUUUUUUUUUUUUUUUUUCUUUCUUUAAUUUUUUUUAUUAAAGUCACAAAACACUGUAAAAUAUAGUAAGGAAUUGAAUAACCUCCAAUCAACAAUAUUCAAUGACAUUUAUCUCAUCAUGAGUCUCAUAGCUGAAAGUAAAACAGCGUGUUUUGGUGCUUUUUAGUCAUUUUACAAUUUUGAAUUCUCCUUUAAGACCAGCUAUUAGAAACCGCUAUGUAGCAUUCUUGUCAUUUGAUAAAAAAAAAAAUAUAUAUACAUAUAUAUAUAUAGAAGCUGCCAUUCAGGCACAAGGAGGAAUGCCAAAUUUGCUUUUCUAAACUUGACUGUAUUUCUGAAAAUUAUAAUGGACAUUCUUUUUUAUUUCCUCUAACAGUAUAACUUGAACGUAGUUUCAUUUUGUUUUACUUCCUGUAUGCUGAAUGGAAUAAUGAACAGGUGAACAGGUACUGUCUCCCUAAACAUCAAAAGCAGUUUCGAAAUCAUCUCAUUGUUUUCUUGUUCUUUACAGUAUUUUAAAAAGUAUACUUAUUUUACUAAUCUGGGAAAAUCAUUGUAAAGCUGCCAUUUUAAAAAAGUGGCUUGUCUCUUCGAGAAUUACUGAAUUUUUUAUUUUUUAUUAUUCAAACAUAAGAGAUCAGAUUUUUAGUUCAGUCUUAAGGGGUGUACCUGAAUUGUAUUGACAUUUAGAUUGAUUUGAUUCAUUUAAACUCCAGAAAGUGUGAAAAUCUUUUUAUGUUGUUGUUGUUCCUGUACAAAUUCUCACGUUUGACGCCUACAUGGCACAUUUUGUACUAAAAUAAAGAAUGGUACAGUCCAGUUCCAACUGUU